GCCGUUAUUCCUUGAUUUUUUCUCUGGUUUUUUUUCUCUCGUUUUGCAAUGGCCGAGGACGGGAGGGUUCGAAUCGAGAAGUUCAACGGUACUGAUUUUGUAUGGUGGAAAAUGCAAAUAGAGGCGUUGCUUGGUGAGUGCGAUUUGGACAUGGUACUGGAAGAGAAACCGGAUGGAAUGAAUAAGGCUGCUGAAGCAAUUUGGGACUCAAAGGACAAAAAGGCAAGAGGUAAAAUUACACUAGCUUUGACGAGGAGUGUGGCGUUUAAUAUCAUGAAGGAAACAACUGCUCGUGGUAUGUUAACAGCUCUGUCAAAUAUGUAUGAGAAACCGUCGGCCGGUAAUAGAGUGUUCUUGAUGAGGGAAUUGUUCAUGAUGAGAAUGAACGAAGGCAGCCCAGUUGCUGAUCACAUUAAUGAGGUCAAUUCGAUCUUGUUGAGGUUGUCAUCAGUAGGCAUGAAGUUCGAUGAUGACACUCAAGCUGUGAGGCUGUGAUUCUGUUAUCUUCCUUGCCUGAUAGUUGGUCGGGAUUUGUGACAACGGUUACUGAAACUGCUGGAACAGAAAACUUGAAGUUUGAUCGAAUACGAGAUAGUGUUUUGGGUGAAGACAUUCGCCGGAGGAAUGCUAGUGGAGGAUCUACUUCUGGGUUACUCAGUGUCAGCAGGGGAAGAGGUAAUAACAGAAACAGUGGGAGUCGUGGGAAGAGCUCGUCUAAGGCUGGAAAGAAUGUGGUGUGCUGGGUCUGCAAAGAAGUUGGGCAUGUCAAGAGUCAAUGCCCAAACAAGAAAAACGAAAUUAGCGCAGUUGUUGGGAAUG